AUGGACAUCCUCUCCAAGGAUUGGAACUGCGCUUUUAACACUCUUCCCGCUCUAGAAUUCGAUGAAAAAACCUUCGGGAGCAAAGACAAUGAUGGUCACGAUACUUUUCUAGAAUAUAUCGAUCGUUACAUCACGCGGCGCCAUGAGCUCAACCUCAGCAUCGACUCGAUGAGUUUGUUCAUCUUCUCAAGAGGCAACAAGUUGAAUCCCAUAGUACCCAAGUGGAUAGAUAUCGCCUCGAGUCUCAAUCUCCGACGCCUUAGUCUUGGCCGCAUCGUCAACUAUCCCGACAGAAGAUGGUACAUGCAAAUAUGCCCCGACUUGGUGUCUGACACCAUCUCUGUCCUCCACGUGAGCCAUCUCUCAAUGGAGGGCGUCAAGACGAGGCUGCCUCGCUUGGAAGAACUGGUCCUACACCGAGUCCAAAAGAGCGACGAAUUCGCGAACGGGCUGAUGCUGAGCUGCCCGGCACUCCGGCGCGUGGAGCUGAUCGACUGCUCCCGUUCCAAGGACCUCCUCAUCUGUGGACCGAAGCUCGAGACUUUUGAGGCAUCGGGCAUGUCUGACAAGGACAACCUUUCGAUUUCAACAUCAGCCCCAAACCUCGUGUCCUUCAGCUACACAUCGAAUUUCUCCAUGGCCUACCUGGAUGAGGAGUUGUCAGCUCUCCAAGUACAUGGCUCUAGAAAUCUGAGGGAGCUUGCUCUGGAUCUGCGCAUGGUCGAAAUCAGGACCAUCAGAAAAACGGUCUCUCAGCUUCACCUCCUAGAGACCUUGAGGCUCAAGGGUAGUUCGUCCGCCGAGCGCAUCAGGGUAACUCACAAGAAUCUCAAGCACCUUGCCUUGACUGGAUUCAACUAUCUGAUAAGAGUAAAGACCCAAACUCCUAAUCUCGUGUCCUUCCAAUAUGACGGCCCCAACAUCCUAGUCAUCAGUCCACGAGAUUCGACAACAUUGGCCAAUGCGAGACUAGAGGUGGAUUUUGGAGUUCGCAACAAGAGGAGGAGCUAUCUCAAGGCGGCCAAGUUCCUGAGGUAUUUCGGCCAUUGCGACUCGUUAACACUGAUUUGUAAGGAAGUCAAGGCAUUGGUUCUUCCAGAAGAAAUCAAAAGUGAAAUGCUUCCUCCAUUGCAAAAUGUCAAGCAUCUAAGACUUCAAAUCCUGUGCAACACUCCUGAAGAUAUUGAUACCAGUUCUCGACUAACGGAAAGCUUGAGGUGGAUGUCUCCUAAUUUAGAGACGCUGGUCGUUAGCUCCUAA